GUUAUUCAAAUUUUCCGUAUUCGAUUAGUGUUUGAUUAGCAUUUCGAAGUUGACAUCUUAAACAGGAAUUCACACUGAUAUAUAAUUUGUCGGUAGUAGAAACAGUUGAAUAUCACAAACGUUGUGCAGACGUGUUCAACCUGCAUCAUAUCUUGCUUUUGUUCACCAAAUAAGUCGUUUUAUUCCCAGCUCAAAUGUGGUCUUCAAAAAAUGCUAGACGUCAUAUUGCUGAUGGUCACUAUGGGAGUAGUCAGUAUAGACAAUGCAGAAAUAUCCACAUUAAAACAUAUAGAUUGUACUCUUACUGAAAUAGACCGACAUCGUUUAGAUUCGUCUAAAUACUGAUGGAUCAGGUGGCGGUAUUUGAUAUUGUGUUUGGUUUCCACAAUGCAUUCGUCACCAUCUGUGCCGUAUAUCGGAUGAAUAUUUCGUAUAAUCUCGCAUUAUACUGAUAACACCAUUUAAGUGAACUUCAAUUGAAAAUCUAUUUUACAUUACAGAUAAUACAUCAAAUUAGUUGUCUGCUGGUUCACCUCAGAAUGAUGACUACAAUUCUCACUGUUGUUGUUUUGAUACUUACAACUGUAAUGAUGAAAACGUACGACACAUUGGAAAAAAAUUCAUUAGAAACAAUCAUCAUACAUCACGGUGAAUUAAUCAACAAAACUCUAUUCAACUUCACUGAUCCCCAAAACAGAUAUGUAUUUGAAAAUUGGGUUGAGUACUCAGAUACAGUUGAACAUGGAGGGCGAUCAAAGGCCACACUCGUACCACUUAAUGGACAGAAUUACCAGUCAGCAAUAUUCUUCUAUUUACUCAAUCACCAAGCAAAUGGACCAACCUUUGCGGGUGUUUACAAAAUACAUUAUGUUCAUGUUUUGCCAUCAUAUGACGGUGUGGAAAUUGAUCUACAUCGACGAGGUCUAAAUUCUACUUUUAAAUUAAUCUUCCAUGCUAACUGUUCGAAUACACGACAUUGUGACUCAUUUGAGUCGAAUUUCACGACGACUGAAGGACGACAACAAAUACAAUUACCAUUUAAUAAAUUGAAACAAGACGUUCGGGAAACACAGCGCUCUAAUUCAAAGCAUUCCGUUUUAAAGCAAGCAUAUCGAUUCGGCAUUCAAGCGUAUACAGACAUUAAUGGGUCGACGAAGGAAUAUGGUGCAGGUUCAAUCGAAAUAUACUACAUUAGACUAUACAAAGUGAAACCAUAACGACACUCAUACUGAAAAGCAAUUGAAAUGGUGAUCGUGAAGCUGGAUAAUGAAUUUUAGAAAUAUUUCCUUAUUUUGAUUGAGAAUUUCUGACAUUAACGCAGUAGAAUAUACUCAUCAUUUGGUCUUUUGUUUACAA